GCUCAUAUUUUAAGUUUGGGAAAAAACAACAAAAAUAAAAUGAAAAAGGCAAAAACUUCAUCUUCUCUGAGAGGGAGAAUCUAGGGUUCUAGAUUUAUCUCUUCGUUCCUCUGUGAUUUCUUCUUCUUCUUCUUCUUUAUCCCAUCGAUCUCAAGCUUCUUCUGAUCUUAUAGAAAGUUUCAAUCUUUAUACAUUUCGAGUAACCAAACAAAAACCCAGCUUAAAUCGAGCUCGCGAGUCGGUGGAAAAAAAAAAACCUAAGAUUUAAUGGCGAAAACUCGACCUGGUGUCGCUUCUUCAUCGGCAAAGAGCAAGCUUGGCAAGAAAGAUAUCGACUCGUAUACUAUCAGAGGCACCACCAAAGUUGUUAGAGUGGGUGAUUGUGUGUUAAUGCGUCCAUCGGAUGCUGGUAAGCCUCCUUAUGUGGCGUGUGUUGAGAAGAUUGAAGCAGAUGCUAGGAACAAUGUGAAGGUGCAUUGUCGUUGGUAUUACCGUCCUGAAGAAUCACUUGGGGGAAGGAGGCAGUUCCAUGGAGCCAAAGAGCUUUUCUUGUCUGAUCACUAUGAUGUGCAAAGUGCACACACCAUCGAAGGGAUAUGUAUCGUUCACACCUUUAAAAACUACACUAGGCUUGAAAAUGUUGGAGCGGAAGAUUAUUAUUGUAGAUUCGAGUAUAAGGCUGCUACUGGCGCAUUUACCCCUGAUCGAGUUGCUGUGUACUGCAAAUGUGAAAUGCCGUAUAACCCAGAUGAUCUAAUGGUGCAGUGUGAAGGGUGCAAGGACUGGUAUCACCCAGCGUGUGUAGGCAUGACGAUUGAAGAAGCAAAGAAGCUGGAGCACUUUGUAUGUGUUGAAUGCAGCUCUGAUGAAGAUGGAGUCAAAAGAUCUCAGAACGGGUUUGCUUCAUCACCAACCAAUGAUCUUAAGGUGGAAGCCAAGCGCCGGAAAAGAUGAUCGCGGGUAAGAGCCUCUUAUGAGUGGAUAUUAAAAGUUAACUUGAAGCUCUUUGGGUGCAGAUUUAAGUUAAUUAGGGUUUUGUCUUAUCGUCAUUUGAUGUUGUGAAAAGAGAGAGAAAGAAGAACCAGAGAGAAUGUGCAAAGAGCUGUAUAGCCGAAAAUUUCAUGGGGAUAAUAACUUAAAAAUGUUUCAACGCACCUUAGAGAUUUUUGUUUUACUGUGGAUUGUUUUUUUCUGAGAGAGAGUCAGAGAGAGACUCAAAACGUUGGACACACUUUGCCUCUGGCCAACUCAAAUAAGUAAAUAUCAGAUCCGACAGGAAUGGUUGGUUAGUUA